AUGUGUUUUACGCUUUUGCAUGGUAUGAACCAGCCGAGAUGUGUUUUUGAGUCUGGGAUGGUUUUGGGCGUCUCAAAACAGCUCAGCGAUGAAUGGGCGGAUGACCAAAUGCCUGUGGAUGGCACACAAGGAUGUAUCAGAGCAUUUACUCAACUCAAAGGACAAUACACAGGGAUGAAGGUGAUCCUUUCGAUCGGCGGCGGAGGAACCGGCAGUCAACAUUUCGCCACCGUCGCCAAAGACCCGAUCGCGCUCCAGAACUUUAUACAGAGUGCAAAGAAUAUGGUGGAUCGGUUUGGCCUUGACGGGCUUGAUAUUGACUGGGAACACCCUUCUGACUCGCAGCAAGGAGAAGACUACGUCAAUCUCCUACGCUUACUACGAGAGGGCCUUCCGUGGCCGCAGUAUACGCUAACCACUGCCCUACCGGCAGGAGAGUGGGCCUUGAGGCACAUCAACCUCAUCCACGCCCAAUGCUACGUCGAUCUAAUCAAUCUCAUGACCUAUGAUUUUUCCGGUCCUUGGACACCUCAUAGUGGUCAUCAAUCCCAGCUAUUUUCCCCUCAUAUCCCGCAUAGCGAGGCGGCAGGAAUCAGCUGUCACUCUGGCAUAUCAUACGUGCUCGCGCAGGGUGUUCCGUCGAGUAAAAUUCUCCUCGGCAUAUCCGUAUACGGUCGAGCGUUCCCGGGAACGACGGGGGUCGGACAGACACACUGCAUUAGCAAUGAGACGCCUGAAGACAAAAUUGUGUUUGAUUAUUGUGACUUACCACUGCCAGGUAGCGUAGAGCAGCACGAUGACCGUUUGUGUGCAGCAUUCUGCGUGGAUCGUAACGUGGGGUUUGUUUCAUACGAUUCGACAAGGACAGUGGUGCAGAAAGCAAAGUUUGUGAGGGAGAUGGCACUAGGAGGUUUGUUUUAUUGGCAUGUUGCGGCGGAUGCAGUUGGGAAAAGGAGUCUGGUCGCGGCGGGGUACAGUGCACUACAUGAUUUGUAG